UUUCAAGUUUUUACUUUAAUUUAAUUCGUAAAAAUAAUUUUUGAAUUUACAAGAUUUUUUCACCAACAGAUGUCUCGCUAGUUUAUUUUGUUUCACGUGAAUUUGUGUAAUCGCGGAAAGGUCGCUUGUAAACCCGUUCCCAGGUAGCCAUAAAGCCAUUAAUUUGUCAAAUGAAUUCAAAUACGCUUAAUCAGAAAUCAUUCAUACCCACACCACCGGAGAAAGGCAGCUUUCCACUUGACCACGAAAGCCUGUGCAAAAAAUAUUAUCUUCUAUAUAUGAGCUGCUUGCAUCGGAAUAACGAUAACAACUCACAGUGCCGUCAAGAAGCUAAAGAAUAUCUUGGCUGUCGUAUGCAAAACAAUUUGAUGGAGCAAACCCAGUGGUCAAAAUUGGGCUUUGAAGACGAAAGUAAAACAAAAACAAAGAAUAAGAACUAAUUAAAUAUCUGCAACAUAAUAAAUAAAAACAUCAAAAAUAUAAAUUUAU